AUGUCAAAUCAAUCCAUCCUCCGCAUCACUCGUGAAUUGGGCGAGAUCCAAAGGGGCUCAGACCUUUCUCUCGCGGUAGCCUGUCGCGAUAUCGAUGUCCGUCAUGUGAGAGCACUCAUCAUAGGCCCACCAGACACCCCUUACGAAUUUGGGUUCUUCGAGUUCACUGUCAAGUUCACUCGGGACUACCCUACCAAGGCCCCACAGGUGACGGCCAUUACGACGAACAGCGGACGUACACGAUUCAACCCUAACAUAUACGCUGGAGGCAGAGUUUGCCUAUCGAUCCUGGGAACGUGGCGCGGGGAGCGAGGAGAAGAAUGGUCGUCGGCUCAAGGGCUAGAGUCGAUACUUAUAUCGAUCCAAAGUCUAAUGUCCCAGAACCCAUACGAGAACGAGCCCGGUUUCGAGGACGCUAAUAGCGACUAUGACGUGAAGAAUCAAAAGGCCUACGUCGCAAAGAUCCGACACGAAACGCUGCGCAUCUCAGUCAUCGAACGGUUGGAGGGAUAUCUUGGGAUCAAUACCGAAACACCACCAAACGCUGCCACUGUCUACAAUGCUGAAGAGGAAUACAAGGCGAAUGCCAUUGAGGCACCCUUUGAGCCCUUCAAGGAUCUAUGUAAACGCCGCUUUCUCUGGUACUAUGCAUCCUAUCUAGCCAGCGUUGAGCUAGAGGCAAGCAAACACAAGGACGGUGACCGGUUCGAGAAGAUGCCUUUCGAAGGACCAGGCAAUACCAUGGAAGGAACUUUCCAGUACUCACUCCUCAAAGCCCGGCUCCAAAUGAUCUAUCAAAAGCUGAACGAGGAGGCAUUGAAUUGGGUCAAGGAGGGGCAAGUGGCUGCACAUAAGGAGCUCAGCAUCGCCAACAACCUCCAGCGCCAAUUUGAGCAAACAGUUGAAAAGUACAAGAAAAAUGACAGCAUCACCCUCGACCUCGAACUCGUGGACAGAAACCCUUUUGUUUGGCAAUUGGUCCUGUUUGGUCGGCCUAUGACCAAUCUUGACGGUGGGGUGUUUCGAGUCCUCAUCUACCUCAGUCCUAAGUUUCCUGACAUUCUGCCCCGCGUCACUUUCGAAACUCCGAUCUUCCAUCAUCGCGUAUCCCCGCAGGGGGUCAUUUGCUACAAUCCUGCUCGAAAGGAUGAGAUGAAAUCCCAUGUAGAAGCCAUCAUUGAGGCUAUAGAUGAGGAGUCACCGGCCUACGAUCCCCGGACUCUUGUCCAUCCUGAGGCCGCUAAGUUAUUAUGGGGCCCCGCAGAAGACAGAAAGGUCUACAACCGCCGGCUACGGCGAUCUGUCCAAGACAGUGCAGAGUAG